AGCGCGAAACAAAUGGUAAAGAAUCCACCCGCGAGAGAGAGAGGCAGUGGUAUAAGAGUGGGCAGCCAAUCCAUGGAUGAAUCGAAAUUUCCUUGCAGCGAUAGCGCUCGCGAUUGGUAUCGACGGCGACGACGACGACGACGACGACGAUUUCUGGAGGCAGCAGGGAGCAGCAAUUGCCGGCUCCAACAAGACAAGCCCCGCUGGAAUUGGCGGCGCCGCGUCCAAUUCUUCGUCUCCUUCAUGGCUAUCGCUCAAAAAUCUCCACCACCGCCGCUCUCUACUCAGACAACCAGCCCAAGAAAUCUUGCUUGCCCCACAUGUUUGGAGCCACUCAGCCGGCAUGGACCCCAAGGAUUUAAUCGCGCAGCAAUCGCCAAGUCAAUCUUGCGGUGCCAAACUUGCAGCAAGGACUUUCCCAGCGAUGGAACUUUCAUCGAUUUGACGCUGGGUGCCAAUCGCAGCACUUGGCAGGAGACUCUUCCAAUUGGAGUCAGGCUCUUCAGGACGAAAUGGAUCUCUCUCAUCUACGAGGAGAACUGGCGCAAGAGCUUCGAGAAGUUUGGGUUCCCCGGUCCCGACAGAGAGGUGGAGCUGGCCGAGACUUUCCUCCAAACUGCUGUUGAUCCCUCCAGACCCGACGAAGAGAAUCUGCUCGUCGACAUCAGCUGUGGCACCGGCCUCCACUCUCGACGGUUUGCAAAGUCCGCUACCUUCACCGCCGUGGUUGCGGCAGACUUCUCCGAGGCAAUGCUGAUCCAGUGCCAUGCGUUGCUCAACGAGAAGCAAUCUCCAUGGAACGAGAAAGUCGUUCUCGUCAGAGCUGAUGCAUCGAGGCUUCCUUUCGCAUCGGGCAGCAUCUCGGCCGUCUAUUCAGGAGCUGCAUUGCACUGCUGGGAGUCGCCAUCAAUUGCAAUUGCAGAGAUCUGUCGUGUUCUUCGGCCUGGAGGAGUCCUGGUUGCGACCACAUUCCUUCCCAGAUGGAAAUCCAAGCUGCAAACAACGCAGAAGUUUAUGAGACUGGCCGCAGAGAAGAUCUUCGGCACCAAAAUUUUUUUCUUUGAGGAUGAACUGGACGAGCUGUUCGAGACGAGCGGCCUGGUCAGUUAUCAGAAAAUCAAAAUUGACUCUUACAUUAUGGUCUGCGCUCGCAAGAAGCAAGUCCCUGCAAGCAACUAUGGCGUAAAGUGAAACACUCCCCAAGAAAAAAGACGAGAGAAAAGAGGAAGGAACUCGAUAGCAACGACACUGAAUUGAUUGAGGGAGAGAGAGAGAGGAGAUCAGAGCAUUUUAUGGAAAGGAGAGCGCUUAGGUAGAUUCUCUCGAUUUAUGGACUCUUCUGGAGCUGCUUCAAAGCUUUGGGAGUUACUGACAGACAGCGAUGUGCGCUCGGGAUCAAAUAAUCGGACCCCAGUUUUGAGAA